AUGCCUCCACAAAUAAAGCAAGAUAUCAAUCGGUCUGGCUGGGAAACAACGGAUUUCCCCUCCGUUUGCGAACAAUGUUUACCCGAUAAUCCUUACGUCCAGAUGCUCAAAGAAGACUAUGCCGCGGAAUGCAAGAUAUGUACGCGCCCCAUGACAGUGUUUCGAUGGAAGGCCGAUCGAACCGCACGAACAAAGGCUACAAAUAUCUGUUUGACAUGCGCGCGACUUAAGAACUGCUGCCAGUGCUGCAUGCUCGAUCUGUCGUUCGGUCUUCCGAUCGUGGUACGUGAUGCGGCGUUAAAGAUGGUUGCGCCUGGCCCGCAGAGUUCGAUAAACAGAGAAUAUUAUGCGCAGGAGCACGAAAAAGAGCUUGAAGAAGGCCGUGGUGCGGUAGAAGAAUACGAGAAAACCGAUGAAAAGGCCCGCGAACUGUUACGGAGAUUGGCAAGGAGUGAACCAUAUUACAAGAGACAACGUCGGCUGGAGGCGAGCGGGGCCACGGAGGACCCGGGCUCCGGAGGCGGACAAACAGGACAAAAGCAAAUAGGAUAUGGAUCGGGCCCUGGGCCUAUUAGAACAAGCGACACUCGUCAAGGAGGCCACCCACCCGGACGUGGAAGAGGAAAUGCGGGUCGCGGGCGUGGUGGCCGAGUGUUCCCAAGCGCCGCUCAGCUACCACCUGGACCACAAGAUAUACUCCCCCCAGCAGACCCGAACAUCACAUCCCUUUUCCUUAGCGGUGUCGAAGAUGAUCUGCCAGAACAUGCGAUCCGAAGUUUCUUCACCCCUUUUGGCACCAUUCGCUCCCUUAUUUGCUCACAUCGAUCUCACUGCGCCUUCGUUAACUAUGCCACACGAGAAGCUGCAGAAGCUGCAGCCGCUCAUUGCCAAGGAAAAGCAGUCAUCCAAGGAUGCCCGUUAAGAGUGAAGUGGGGCAAACCACGACCUCUAGAUAGUAUGGAACGGGAAGAGAGGAUGCAAUAUGCGCGGGAAGGUAGACAGACGGCGGCUGCCGUCAAAGCUGCUGGUGGUGGGCAGAGGGCUGUCGAAGGUGCGCCAGUCAGCGGUGAUUUGCAAGAUGCUGCGGGAUCAGGAGAUAGACCUACCUACGCCGUGGCUCCUCCUCCCGGAAAAGAAGAGGUUCAGUAUGCCAGUAUGGCAGGCGACUGA